AUGCAAUCCUCCUUGCUUAGCCAAGAACGAGCUACAGAAGGCACCCAAAAUGAUCAUCAAUCAAUCUCUGUUGAACUUCUUCAGGAACGACGAGCUGAAGAAGUCAUAGUUGACGUCCAAGAUAGUCAUCAAUUGAUCUCUGUGACAUCUAAAGAUGACCAAUGGAUAGGGCGAGUGACAGAACGUCUCCGGGAGUGUAAAGAAAAAACACGAUCGUCUUGGUCAUGGUCUAUCUUUAAGGUGCGGACGGACAUCAGGAAAUGCGACAUGAAUGCGUAUGAUCCCAUAAUCGUCGCCAUCAGCCCAUACCAUCAUAAUAAAUACAAAGAGAGAACAACACUGCAGGCCAUGCAAGAUCACAAGUGGCACUGUGUCUGGCGCUUGCUAUCAAGGUGCACCAACGGUGAGCACGACAAGGCCAACUAUUUGUUAAGCACAUGCUUGAUGGCAAUGAUGUCCAAGAAUACUGAUGUCCGAGGGAGUUACUCAAAAAAUCUACAAGAUUUGGAAGAUGAAGAUUUGGCCUUGAUCAUGUUGCUGGAUGGUUGUUUCAUCAUCCAUGUUGAGAACCAAAUCCCUUUCUUCAUUAUCCAGGAACUCUUCGAUAAGCUAAAGACUUCUGAAGAUGAAAACAUCGAUCUAGUCAAGAUUGUGGAUAAGCUAUUAAGGCGUUUAACUCCGUCACGUUCCAAAAACUACACUACCAUUCCACCUGAGCAGUCAGGUUCCAAAAGCUCCACUAUCACUCCGCCUGAUCAUUUGCUUGACUGGUUCCAUUCAACACUCGUUCCUUCCAAAGAGUGUGUUGACAUCAACCAAGAAAACUUAAAGAAACAAAACAUGGAUUUUGAAAUUGAAUGGAUCCCAAAUGUGACAGAGCUUCAGUUCUCAGGAGUCAAGUUUAAGGAGAAGAAGAAGAAGAAGGGAUGUCUCAUGAGCUUCCUCGACGUAUCAUGCAAAGACGGGACCAUUGAAAUCCCAAAAGUCAAACUAAAUGGUGCCACAAUCAGUCUCUUCAGGAAUUUGAUCGCAUAUGAGCAAUGUGAUUAUCUAUUUACAAACACUUACGUGACUGCCUAUGCCUCUUUUAUGGACUACAUGAUCAACUCCCCAAAAGAUGUGGCAUUGUUUGAGUUGAAUGGGAUUUUCAUCAACCAGCUGGGCACUCCUGAUCCCGCAGCUACUCUUAUUAACACAUUAAUGUGUGACCAUACUCAGGAUGGGGGUGACAACUAUAUAUCUUCAAGGUUCAAUGCAUGCAGUUAA